AUGAUGUGUGACGUGAUCUAUCUGCGCCGCGAAGCAGGGAGAGUGAUGGCGGUGUCUCAACCAAAGCAAGAUAAAGAGAGCGAUGAUUGCUCUUUGCUGCCUUUAGUUCAUGAUAUAAUAAAAUGCAUGGACAAGGACAGCCAGGAUGUCCACCAAGAACUGGCCAAGCUGAAGACAAAGAUCCAGGAGGCUCGGGAGCAGAUAUCCAACAUGCCCGGGGUAGACAGCAGUCCGCUGGAGCAGCAGCAUCAGCUGGCUACGCUUCGGGAGCAGGUCCGCACCAAGAACCAGCUGCUGCAGAAAUACAAAAGUCUGUGCAUGUUUGACGUGCCAAAAGCAUCAUGAAACUGAAGUCUGGAUUACUGACUGGAGGAAGCUCACACACACUCGAGGUGCAUUAGGGACGUCACGUUUGUUUUCAUCCUCACCCACGGACCAGACGUGGGAUUCAAGAAUACGGAAAUUGACGAGGAUUUAUGUUUCCUCAGUUGCAUCGGAGUGAUGUUUUUGAACCUCCCAUAAUGUCCGGAUUUUGUCCUUUUUUGCGUUGCAAACUUGGUUAUGUAGACCUACUAUUUGUAUUGAAUGUAGCUUUUCAGUGUAUUGUGUUCUCAUCUUGUGAUAUAUUUCAAUAUUCCUAUUUUGUAAUAAAAUGAAAUGAUUAUGAGA